AUGCAUUCCUCCGACAGGAUGUCCCACAAGGAAGCAGGGAUCUCGCGUCUCAUCUUAGAUAUCAUCCUCGAGUAUGCUCUCAACAAGUUUGACCCCGUACAGGACCGAUUGGACGGGGCGGCGAACAACUUCCUGCCCAUCAUUGACCGAUUCGUCGCUGCAGGCACGCGGAUAGAGGCGUGUCUCCCUGCAUUCCCGUUCAAGUCGGCAAACAAAGUAUACAAGGUGCUCGGUAGCCUACCUGAUAAGGCCGAAGAGCUGGCCCUUGACCGUUUGAAUACCAUGUGCGCGCGUGUUCGGGAAGUAUACCCGCCCGGCCUUCAAGUGACCAUCAUCUCGGAUGGCAUCAUAUACAAUGACUUGCUAUGCAUAUCGGAUCAGGACACAUGGGCUUACGGAGAAGCUCUACGCAAGAUGGCUGCCCAGAAGCAAUUCAAGUACAUUGUCUUCUCCAGAAUAAAAGAUCUGCUCGAUAUCCCUCUGCCAGAAAAGAUGAGCGAAAUCGUCUACGUCGCUAACUGUACCACCUUCCGCCGGUUGCUCCUCAACAAGUAUGGAAGAGUCGGCCUUGACAUCGACCACGAGAUAGCCUCGAAUCCCGAUACGAAACUGACCUAUCUCGGAUACAAAAGAUUCCUGGAGUCUGAUCUGAAGUACAUCUUCCCUCGAGGGGCGCAUCGGUCUGCUCACAGCUACAAGCGAGAUUGCAAGUACAUUGCCAAGCAGAUGCUAAUAAGAGGAGAUGCCUUUGCACAGGCAAUCAGAACUUCUUUUCCCAAUUAUUUGCGGCUCUCCAUUCACGAAUCAGUAGCCAGCACUAAGCUAUCGAUAUCCCUGCUAAACACCAAGACUGGCUUCACCACUCCAUGGCACUGCAGCGUUGCUCAGCUGGCGGACGGGGAGUGGAUCAGUGCUCCGAUGGGUGAAUUUAGCAAGGACGACAGGCUGGAGCUCGUGUACGCGGACGGCCGGCCUAGUCACUUCAGGGAGCAGCCAUGGGACGGGGACGGGUUUGGCAUCAGCGAGACGACGGCGAGCUACCUCCAACGACCUAAACGACUCAGCGCCAGUGAAUAUCUCAGCAGACAUCUUACAUCCGUCCCCGUCUCACCCGGUAUGUCUUCGCCCAGUACUUCGUCCAUAUCCUCAUCCUGUGCGAGCAUGGAAGGCAGCGCAGCAACUACACCGGAAACACACUCUCCUCCGACCUUCGCGUUGAGCGGUUUGGGGAUCGUCGCGGAGGACAAUUUAAGCAAUGCUUCAGUACCAUAUGGCAAACGGCUCAUCCCUCAGAUCAUGGACAGCUUGGCUGCUGCCGAGCCGGAACGUACUGUUUUCUCACUGACGACAUUCUCUGGCGAUUCACUUGAGGUGAGGCACAUUUCCGCUCUCGCCUUCACCAAGGCUGUUGACAAGACCGCUUGGUGGCUUCACAACCAGGUUGGCAGCCCAGACUCGAUCCAGCCUGUGGGCUACAUCGGACCGCAUGAUCUACGACACGUCCUGCUGACCUAUGCAUGUGUCAAGGCUGGUUACGCUGCCUUGUUCCUGUCGCCAAAAAACAGCACGGAAGGAGCACUUGCGGUCCUGGAGGCAACAAAAUGCAAUAUCUGGGUCAACCCUUGCGACAUAUCCCCAGUCCCUCUGGUCAAGGAGGUCCUGCAGAAGCGCCCCAUGAAAUUCCUGCAGCUCCCUCUACUUGAUGAGCUUCUCGACGCCAUGUCCACCGAGGCUUUUCCCUACACCAAGACAUUUGACGAAGCCAUCAAUGACCCAUUCUGUUUCCUGCAUACAUCUGGGACCACGGGAGUGCCCAAGCCAAUACCAUGGUCUCACGGAUUGAUUGGCACCAUGGACGCGGUACGACUCUUACCACCUGCUGCGGGCGAUGGCAAUUUGCCCCCGUGGACAACUGAUUGGAACACAGGCGAUACGAUCUACUCAUCUUUCCCCAUGAGUCACGGUGCCGGUAUUAUUAUGGAUAUUCUAAUGCCCGCCCUUUUUAACUUGCACUGUGUCUUAGGACCAGCGGGCGUCCUGCCUAAUAUCAAUCUGGUGGAAACCCUUGCAGUGAAUACUAGAAUCGAUAUUUGGAGCAUGGUACCUUCCCUUGUCGAUGAAUUAGGGGAAACUCCCGAAGUAUUGUCAAAGCUCAAGUCGUCCAAAUUCAUCUGUGCAUCUGGCGGUCCCGUCAGUCCGGUCAGCGCUGGCAAGGUUAACGAGGUGAUAAGAGUGCUGAACUUGACUGGUACAACAGAGGGUCUGUUUAUUGGUAACCUCAUACCACCAAGAGAGGAUUGGUUCUGGUUUUGCUUCCAUCCGUACUCCGGCUUCGAGUUUAGGGAAAUCGAGCCGGAAAUAUAUGAGCAUUGGGUGCAUCGCAACGAGCACUGGCCCCUCUUCCAGGGAAUCUUUCACACCUUCCCCGAGAAGCAGUCGAUUAAUUUCAAGGACUUGUACAUGAAGCAUCCUACCAAGCCCAAUCUGUGGGCAUUCAAAGGGAGAAGCGACGAUCUCGUCGUACUGUCGAAUGGGUACAAGAUAUCGCCCUUGGAGACGGAAGCCUUCAUCACCACCCACCCUGCCAUCAAAGGGUGCCUUGUUUUCGGAACUGGGAAGCCCCAGGCCGGUCUACUUAUCGAGUUGAAAGAUCCAUCGCAUAAGACCGACGAGCUCCUCGACAGCAUUUGGGAAACUGUCAGACAGGCCAACUCCAUGUCUCGGCACAAAAACCAGCUGCUGAGGGACUUUGUUACUUUUGCAACGCCAGACAAGCCCUUUUUCCGCACGGACAAGGGCACGGUAAAACGAUCUGCCACCCUGAAACUCUACGCCGACUACAUCGAGCGUUUCUACAGCUCACGCAGUGACGAUCUCAAUGGCACCUUUGACUUCGACAUGAGCUCAACUCACUCAAUUGAAGACAAUGUUCGUAAAAUCCUCGCUUCUUCACUCCCUGAUGUCGAGGAGGCCUUUACAGACACGGACCUGUUUGCGCUUGGACUUGACUCUCUCGGUGUCUUUGCGGCCAUCAAGACAAUCCGGGCAGCUACGGGGCUAGGUGAUCGGAUUGGCCCUCGGCAUAUCUACGCCAAUCCGACCAUAACCAGUCUCUCCGCUACUAUCACCCUCCUGGCUGCCGAGGCGGAGAGUGCAAGCAAAAUUGCCUUAUCUAAGAGACCAGUUGAUGAUGUCGGGGCCAAGAUAGAUAGCAUGAUUGCCCAGCACAAGGCGCGGCAAUCAUUCAGCUUGAACGCAUUCGACUAUGUCAACCCGAACCACGGAAUGGGCUUGGUCUUGUACUUCCCAAUACGCGACGGAGUCAGUUACGAGCAAGUAUUUGCCAACCUGCAGGAGGGUCUCAAUCGCACGUUCGAUCUGAUUCCAGCGCUCAGCGGCAAGAUGAUGAAGUCCUCGGAGCAAGUGAUGGACUACACCAAAGGAGACCUCUGCGUCACGAUUCCCCCUCUUGCCAAGGCAGAUUCUGCACGCAAUCGCCUGGUCUACAAGGACCUCUCUGCUGUUCUUCCGUCAUUCGACAACUUGCGCAAAGGAGGCUUUGCGCCGUCUGCCUUCAAGGACAGUCUUGUCUUACGCGACGAUCCUUUCCCCGAGAUGCCCGCCGAUAUCUUCGUAGGACAAGCCAAUUUUGUUUCAGGGGGUUGUAUUCUUGCCGUCGACCUCAACCAUUGCUGUCUUGACGGCCUCGGUGCCAUGAUCGCUCUCAAGGCCUGGGCCGAGAACUGCAGAUAUUUGCAGGGGGAUCAAUCGGCAACCUGCCGCUGGUAUGACCCCGAGAGCUUCAACCACAGCUUGCCAGAAAUUAUACAUCAGCAGGAAGGCUGGGCCCGACCACUUCAUGAGGUCGACCCUGGUACAUGGGGCUUCCUGCCAUUCUUUCCUCUGGACGAUGAGAAUACCACCAAAUCCGAGAAGACUCCAGAAGGAGCUCUCCCUCCUCGACCUAUCUUCCCGCUCCAUCAUGUCUGGCCACUGCCUCGCGCCGAGAGAUGCCUGAAGACGACCAUGUUUCUCAUCACGCCCAAGAAGCUGGAGCUGAUGAAGCAAGACGUCAUCGCCGACCCCGAAACCAGAGGCAUCCCAUCCAUCAGCGACAUCGUGCAAGCCUUCUUCUGGCGAGCCGCCAUCAAAGCACGAUACCGCGUAGCCACGGAGAUCCACAAGCAGAUGUUCAGCCCCGACGAUGUCUCCAUCCUCGAGCUCCCCACCGACACCCGCCCGCAUUUCUCCCCCCGCCUCCCACCAACCUACAUGGGCAGCAUGCUCAUCCUCAACCGAUCCAGCAUGCCCAUCGAGACACUCUGCUCCGCGGAGACCACUAUCGGCAAAGUCGCGCUCCUGCUCCGCCAGUCCGCCGCGCGCAUCACCCCGUCGCUCGUGCACGACGCGUUCACAAUCCUGCAGUCCCUUCCAGACCACAGCCGGUUCUCAACCGCCAACAUGGGCCUCGAGCACAUGCACGCCAUGAUCUCCAAUAUGAUGCUCUUCCCCACCAGCGAGAUCUGCUUCGGAGACGCCUUCUUCGGCAACGGGGGUGUGCCCGAGACGAUGCGGCCGCAGCUGGAGCGUGGCAACGGGCGGUUUCGGUUCUUGGUUAUUUUCCCGAUGAGGAAGGAUGGAGGGGUGGAGCUUGUCCUGGGCACGCACCCGGAGGAGUUGGAGAUGUUCUUGAUGGAUAAGGAGUUUACGAGGUAUGCGGAACUGGUGGAUACCUGCUGCUGA